UGGUGGUGUAUCUUACUACUACACAUGUUGUCUGAUCUAGCCUGUGCUACAGAUGUCUAUGGCGUGCAACUAGAACUGAAGAACAAGAUAUGUUCGAGAACCACUGAGAAUUAUUGUAAAGAGAAGCAGCUGGGAGAGACACAGACAGAAAUACAACAGAGAAUCCAGGAGAGACUGACAGAAGUGGAGAAGCUGAAACAGGCUGUGGAGUCACUGAAGAGAUCUGCAUGCAUAGAAAUAAAGGAAAGUGAGAAGAUCUUUACUGAGCUGAUCCGAUCCAUUAAGAAGAGCCACACUGAGGUUAUUGAGCUGAUUGGAGCUAACGAGAAGGCUGCAGUGAAUCAGGCUGAAGGACGCAUGAAGAAACUGGAGCAGGAGAUUGCUGAGCUAAGGAGGAGAAACGCUGAGCUGAAACAGCUUUCAGAGACAGAGGAUCACAUCCAUUUUCUACAGAAUUUCCAGUCUCUCUCUGCCCCUCCUGAAGCUGGAGACUUAUCCAGCUUUACUGUCAAUACAGACAUCUCUUUUGGGGCUGUGAAGAAAGCUCUAGCUGAACUUAAACACCAUAUUGAGGACUUCUGCAUGGGGGAAUUAGUAAAAAUAACCACAACAGUUGAUGUAUCUCUGGACCCUGAUACAGCGCACCCCCGGCUCACCCUGUCUGCGGAGGGGAAACGAGUGAGACUGGGAGAGACACGGCAGCGUCUCCCUGACACUCCAGAGAGAUUUGAUUACUGGCCCUGUGUGCUGGGCAGGGAGGGCUUCACCUCGGGGAGACGCUACUGGCAGGUGCAGGUGGGGGGGAAUACAUGGUGGAGAUUAGGAGUCAGCAGAGAGUCUGCCCCGAGGAAGGGGGGGUUCAGCAUGACCCCCCAGCAGGGUUACUGGACUGUGUGGUGGAGUGGAGGUGAGUUCACUGCUCUCACUGACCCCCAGACCCCCCUCCCCCGGAGUCUGAAGCCCCAGAAGCUGGGGGUGUAUCUGGAUUAUGAGGAAGGGCAGCUCUCCUUUUACAAUGUGGAGAGCAGAUCUCACAUCUACACUUUCACUGACAUGGAGUUCAAUCCCAAUGAGAAACUCUAUCCACUCUUCUAUACUUACAGUUAUACAGACCUUGUGCUGGAGUCCCCUGACCCUGACCCUGUCAGCGCUGCAGAUUAAACACACAUUGCUGUCUGAACCAGGAAACUAUUCAAACAGCUCAGACAGUCUCCUCUUCACUUUCACUGCCACUCUCUCUGCACUCUUCUGGGCUGAUGAGAAGAAAUCCUCUCUCUUCCACCCUCUUACCCUGAGCCCCUCCUCUUUAUUACUCUACACCCCCUUUCCUACUCUCCCUUCCUGUCUGCCUCUCUCUUUCCCCUCCACCUCUCUCCAUCUCCAGAUCCCUCCCCUUCUCUCUCUCCUCUGCUCUC